UUUAAUAAUUUUAUUUUGCAGCAUGACUGAAUCCUUGAAUAACAUUUGUCUAACAUGAUAAUCAAAGUAAUAAGCCUUUCUUAAAAGUGAAAACUCAAUAGUUUCGGGCACCAAUUUUUAAUAUCUUUCUCUUAAUAAUUUUUACUAGUGUUAGUAAUUUUAUUUUAUUUUUUAUUUUGUAUUAUUGGGUUAGAUGUAUGUUUUAGAAGUUUCAAAAUCACUAUAAACAACUGCAACUAUAGUCAAUUUAUUUUACUAUAUUAUAUUUUUGUUUUGUCUCCUUUUAUCCUUCAAUUUUAAGUAAAACGAACCCUUUUAAGAGAUGUUUGAGAAAGAAAUAUUUAUAGAAAUGUUAGUAUUAUGAUAAUCUGAAUAUUAUAAUAGUCCUAGUAUUAUGAUAAUACGUAUUUCAUAGAAAGAUUAUAAUAAGUAGUAUCAUAAUAGUACGUAUAUAUAAACUAUUAUGAUAAUAGGUGUUUUUGAGAAUGGAGAAUAUUAGGUUGGUAAUGUUACUAUAGGCAUAGAACAAAAAUAAACCAAAGGGAAAUCAAACAUAGUAUUUAAUCCAAAGUUCAAUUUUUGUUCCACUUCCGCUCUAUUAAGUAUAAACCCAUCUUCCCCAACGAGUUGGUUCCCAUUUUCCAUUUCUCGACUACACGAAGGUCUUCAAAAUGGCAGCGAAGCCGGUGGGUUCGUUCUCUCCGGGCUUGACGAAGGUGGGAUUGUGUUUUAUGGCUGUUUGUAUUGCAGCUUACAUUCUGGGUCCGCCUCUGUACUGGCAUUUCACGGAGGGCUUGGCCGCUUUCUCUUCUUCUUCUCUCUCAACUUGCCCACCUUGCUUUUGUGACUGUUCUUCUCUCACUGACUUUGCCUUCACUGAAGAGCUCAAAAAUACCACUUUUAGAGAUUGUGUGAAACAUGACUCUGGCAUGAAUGAGGAAACAGAAAAGAAUUUUGCAGAGUUAUUGUCUGAGGAACUGAAACUGAGGGAAGCUGAAGCUUUGGAGAAUCAUCGGCGAGCCGACAUAUCUCUGCUAGAAGCAAAGAAGAUGACAUCUCAAUAUCAGAAAGAAGCAGACAAGUGCAAUUCUGGCAUGGAAACAUGUGAAGCAGCAAGGGAAAGGGCUGAAGCUACAUUAGCUUCACAAAAGAGGCUAACAACAUUAUGGGAAACUAGGGCUCGUCAAAGAGGAUGGAGAGACGACAUUGUUACAUCCCGUGGUACUGUUCAAACCUCAUAAAAGAUUCAAUGCUUAUUGAACGAGUUGCUUUGACAGCAGCUUGGAAUUCGUUGAGCCUGAAGCUUUUCCUUUAUAUAUUCCACUCGCAUUUCUUCAAACUUCCUCCUCCUGUAUAUGAAAAAGAUACAAACCAACUCCAGAUGUCACUCUCCCUUCCCGCCAAGAUAUCAUGACCCAAAACCUUUGGCAAGGUUAAGCAACAAGCAAAUUGGUCUGUUUCAAAUUUUGGUACAACAAUUAGUUAGAUUACUCGUGUAACUUUUCGUCACUAGAAUGUUUAAGAGAUUGUUGUUGUCCAUCAAUAUUGUACAAGAGAUCAAAGAAAUUUCAUGACAAAUUUGAGCAUUUAUGUUAA